AUGACUAGCAUCAUUGCGCGCGUGGGUAACAGCCGGCGGCAGAACGCAUCCUUGCCACCUUGGGCCCAUUCUAUGCUAAGGUCUCUGGAGAGGAGUCUUGGUCCUCUAAUGGCCAUCCUGGCAGAGAGAAACCUGAAAUUGUUCUCGGGGAGGGUGGUGCCAGCCCAGGGGGAAGAAACUUUUGAGAACUGGCUGAUCCAAGUCAAUGAGGUCUUGCCAGAUUGGAAUAUGUCUGAAGAGGAAAAGCUCAGGCGCUUGAUUAAAACCCUGAGGGGCCCCGCGCGGGAGGUGAUGCUUUUGCUGCAGGCGGCCAACCCCAACCUCAGCGUGGCAGAUUUCUUGCACGCCAUGAAAUUGGUGUUUGGGGAGUCUGAAAGCAGUGUGACUGCUCAUAGUAAAUUUUUUAACACCCUGCAGGCGCAAGGGGAGAAAGCCUCCCUUUAUGUGAUCCGUUUAGAGGUGCAGCUCCAGAAUGCUAUUCAGGCAGGCAUCAUAGCUCAGAAAGAUGCCAACCAGUCUCGCCUGCACCAGUUCCUUUUAGGGGCCGAGCUGAAUGGGGACCUGCACUUCAGGCUGAAGAAUCUUCUCAGGAUGUAUGCAAAUGAGCAGGAGCGUCUCCCCAGUUUCCUGGAGUUAAUCAGGAUGAUAAGGGAGGAAGAGGAUUGGGAUGACACUUUCAUUAAACAGAAGCGGGCCAAGAGAUCUGAGUCAGUAGUGGCAAGGGCAACUAGCCCAGUGGCAUUUGGGGGCUCCCCACGCAUAGUGAUUGAUAAUAAAGACUGUAAUGUGAUCGAGAUAGAUGAUACCCCCGAUGACUCAGAUGAGGAUGUGAUCCUGGUGGGGGAGUCUCAGGACCUUCCACUUUCAUUCUCGGAUUCUUCUCCCCCCAGACGCAGGGCCAGACCUCAGGAUCAAGUGCUAAUCAUUGAUUCCCCCAACAAUUCCCAGCUUCCAUCUCCUUGCACCAGUGGGGGUUCUGGGUAUAAGAAUGAUGGUCCUGGGAAUAUGCGUAGAACCAGGAAGCGAAAACACACAAUUCGUUGUGCAUAUUGUGGUGAAGAGGGCCACUCAAAGGAAUCCUGUGACAAUGAGAGCAACAAGGCCCAGAUAUUUGAAAAUCUGAUCAUUACCCUGCAGGAGCUGGCACAUACCGAGGAGAGGUCAAGAGAGGCCCCUGUUGAACCCAGCGACCCUUUUGAGCAGUGA